AUGGACGGUAAAAAGGAACAGAAAAAACAAAUUCGUGUGUGGUGUGAUGGAUGCUAUGACAUGGUUCACUUUGGCCAUGCAAAUUCACUCAGACAAGCAAAAGCCUUAGGCGAUGUACUGAUAGUAGGAGUUCAUACAGAUGAAGAAAUAGCCAAGCACAAGGGCCCUCCUGUCUUUACACAAGAGGAACGCUACAAAAUGGUCAAAGCUAUUAAAUGGGUUGACCAAGUUGUGGAAGGAGCACCUUAUGUCACUACACUAGAGACUUUAGACAAGUACCAGUGUGAUUUUUGUGUUCAUGGAGAUGAUAUCACAGUAACUGCUGAUGGGAUUGAUACAUAUCACAUGGUUAAGAAAGCAGGAAAAUACAGGGAGGUGCUCAGAACAGCUGGUGUUUCAACUACAGACUUAGUCGGUAGAAUGCUGUUACUCACCAGAGAACAUUUCAAGAGAGGUGACAAAGAAUACUCUGUGGCACUGGAGCAUUCGUCAAAUCUGGGCACGGAUUCAACGGCGCGUUCGCCUUAUACAGGCUGUUCCCAGUUUCUACCCACAACACAGAAGAUCAUACAGUUCAGCAGUGGACUCUCACCGAAACCCACUGAUAAGGUUGUGUAUGUAGCUGGUGCCUUCGAUCUAUUUCACGUCGGCCACUUGGACUUCUUAGAGCAGGCUCAUGCACAAGGCGACUUCCUAAUCGUGGGUCUCCACACAGACCUAGAGGUCAACAGAUACAAAGGAUCGAAUUAUCCUAUCAUGAAUCUACACGAGCGAGUCUUGUCCGUUCUCGCAUGCAAGUACGUCCACGAAGUGGUUAUAGGCGCGCCUUACGGCGUAACAGCGGAACUAAUGGACCACUUCAGGGUGAAAGUUGUGUGUCACGGACUGACUUCUAUAGCGACGGACGCUGACAGCACGGACCCAUACAAGGUUCCCAAGCAGAGGGGCUGCUUCAAGAUAUUGAACUCUGGCAACACAAUGACCACAGAGGAUAUCGUACAACGGAUAAUAGCCCACCGGCUUGAGUUCGAAAUUCGAAACUCGAAGAAGGAACAAAAAGAAGUUGCCAUCACGAAAGUACUAGAAAAAGACCGCCACAAACAAAAUGGUAACCACGUACUCGAAAAUAAUUCCAAUUAA